CACGUGCGCCGUUUACCAGAAGUGGACGCCCAAAGCUUUACUUUCGGACAGGCUAAUCUCUCACAUUAACCAUAACAUUGAGAUAUACGGUCUAUAUUACAUUUGUUAAGACAAAUAAUUGAUGAAUUGUUGAUGGUGUGUCACACUGACAUAUGGAAGUCGCGGGGGAGCUAUGUUGCCUUUUAUAACAACGGACCAUAACUCAGUUUAAUCCGAUUUUAGGUUCCUUACUCUUUCACAUUUUCAUCUAUCGGAUAUUUAAGAUGCCGGGACUUGAUGCAUCCAACGGCGCAACCGAAGUAGUAGGUGACAUUGGGACACUUUCCUUAGAGCUGUUCACGGACACAUGUCAGCACAUUUUGAGUUAUCUUCAAGGUCUCACCAGGGGGGUGGAUUCAUCUCAAAUAUCGAACACAUUUCAGAGAAAUGGAGUGAAUCUCGAUGAAAAUGCUUUGCAGAGCAUUAUCAGAUUUCUCAUGCUGACGUUCAGGUCAGCGGGGAAGAGCAACCUCUCUGCAGGAGACCUGGUGUCCAAGCUGGAAGAGGGCUGUACCCAGUGGCCCAAAGCCUCCCUGCAGGUUGUGCACAAGCUGUGGACCGAGCAAGGUCCUCUGGUCCAUAGCCAGCAGAAGGUCCAGGCCUUGCUUAGCAUUGGACAGUUGGUGGACAUGCAGUGGAAACUCGGCAUGGCAGUGAGCUCAGAUACAUGUCGGUCUCUGAACUCUCCCUUUGUGUCUGUGCUGCUGAAGAUCGUCGAGCCUUCUGGACAGAUUAGUCAGAAGUCUUUUGAAAUGACCAUUCCACAGUUUCAGAACUUUCACAAGCAGUUCAAGGAGAUGGCAGCGGUUCUGGAGACGGUGUAGGAAUCUGAUCAGAUGGCAUUGAUUUAUUUUUCAGUGCAACACUGGGAAAUAGCUUGAAAGGAUUAAAUCAAGAUGGCUAUAUCAGACUACCGAGGUGGCUUGUAAAUGUCCAAGUUCACUGGUUGGUAACGGUUUAUAUAAAUGAAGUAACUUUGUUAGUUGGAGAGAGUAUUAUAAAAGAACAUGCAGGUCUUUCAGCUCAUUUACAUUAGCUUUGCGUGUGGAGAUUGCGGAUGUUAGAAGCAUACUUUGUGACUCUUGACACGACAUAGUCCAAUGGUCUGUUGUGGUAAAAUAUGUUAAAAUGUUUUUAUGCUGUGCAAGAAGACAUGAGUUAUCAAUUCUAUCAACAACGUGCCAACAAUCUUAUUUGUAGUAGAAAAUUGCAACAUACUAAUUGUGGCAAACCAUGGAUGGUUAUUGUAAAGGCAAGAAUUGUUUUACAUUUUUAAUGAGUUGAAACUUUACUGCAACCCCAGACGUCCAAUGAUCAAUAUUCUCACGCAAACAUUUUCACACUCUUUUAUGUUUAGAGCUGGCAUUAUGGUUCGUUGCUGACGAUACAUGUAGCACUGCCGCUAUUUCUGGAAUUGGCAUCCAGUUGGCAACAGGGGAUCCCCUACCGCGGUGCUCAAUAAAUAUGCCCAUGUGUGGUGGGGUGUGUGUUUUUUUUAUAAACAACAAUGAAUAAAAGCUCAAUUGCAAUCUG